CUAUUAACGCGUCAUUCAAUUACUGUAUUCGUAACAGUAAGAGUAAUUAAUAAACUUGCUAUAGUACAUUAAGUACCACCUAGACUACAGUAGAAACUUUACCUAUGUCAGACACGUACGAACACACCCAUCAGUUUUCAGUCUUCUCUGCAAACGUCUAUUCAAAGACGAAUUUCCUUUCUUGAGACACAUGGGACCCACCACCGAAAUCAUAUCAGUUUUGAGUCAUUUUUAGACGUUUGAUUCACACAGGUGGGACCUGCUAUGAUAAUCAUGAGUGUAGGCUCUAUAUAGACGUUAGAUUGAAGAUCGUUGGACCUACUUUAAGCAUAAUCAUAAAUAAAGAUAAGUGUAAUGUGGGACCAGGUUCCAUCCUACAUGGUGUAUGAUAAUUUCCACGUGUACGGUUCAUGACAAUUUGUGAUCAGUAAAAUUAUAAAAUGAUUUUUUCUUGGUCGGUAAUCUUUUAUUAUUGUUCCUCAUAUGAUCAUUUUAUGGUAUUUGAAAGUUAAAAAAUGACGUAAAUAAUUUAGUUAAACAUUAGUUCCAUGUUAAUGAGAAUGAGUGAGUAGGGCCUUUGAUAAUUCGAGGUAAGUUUUGAUGAUAGGACAGGUAAAAGUUUUAUAUUACUCUUAAUACGCAUGUAACGAGAAAGUUUUAUGUAAUUUACUGGUGCAUAUCAAUAAUCAAGUCUGAGAUUAACACAUUAGUAAUGUAUACUUUUAGACCAAACUUUGAACGAUAGGCGUGCUUGAAAGUUGCUAAUUGCUAUUCUUUUAGUCCAAUUAGUUUACAUUUUUUCCGGUUUGGAUGGUUGUCAAAGUUUGGGCCCUAAGCGUCUACAAAAUUGAAUAAUUUUUGUUCUUGAAGAACUUGAUUGAAAGAAUAUUGUAGGUAGGGUUUUUCCAAUGUAAAUUAUCUAGUCUAGUAUAAAAAAUUCGAAUUUGUUUUCAAUCACAGCUAACUUUCCUGGAGGUUUUUGUAUAAGAGACCUUCCCACGAACGCGCCAAAACAUUCCGAAUAAAUCGGAUGGAUGGGCUCAAUGAUUCCCCAACCCAUUUUGUUUUGUUGGCAUAUUUUGUUAGAUAGUGAACAGGGUUCAACCUAGAAAUUUUUUUGCCAUAGUAAGUAACCUGAGUUGAUGUAUCCUUUAGGAAAUCAAGUUGGGAAGAUUUCAUUCUGUUUGUUUCUUUGUUGCUUUGGGAAUUUAUCCCCUCUUUUGAUAAAACAAGCUUGGGACUAUUUGUUGUCAACUCAUGGGGAAAAUAAAACAGGUAAGGGUACCCACUUAGAGCUCUUAAUAGCAUAAGUGAAGAGAUAUAGAGUCUGGUCAACUCAACGGCUUACAUAUUUAAAUUUGGUCGACUUACAUAUUUAAAUUUGGUCAGUCAUCCGACAAUCUUUUCUUGCGGCUCCACCAUGAAGUAUAUCAUAAACUUCAGUGCUAGUCUUAUCGGUGUUGCCCAAAUCAGCUUAUAACAUUAUUGUUUAAGCAAACAACACUAUGAACAAUGUGAAAUCUUUGGUCAAGAAUCCAAGCUGGAACUUGCUCGCAGUACACCCAUAAAAGGGCUUGAUUGAAAGGGAUGAGACAGAAGUAAGCACGUCAGGCUACAAAAUUUGAACCCCAAGUCCCACAUGGGGGACUUCUAAUAAGUUCAUAUUAGGUCUUGAAUCAAAAAGAAUUAGAUCAGGGGUAAGAUACUAGAUCCCUUUUAUAGAGUGAAAUCUAAGAACCAUUAUGUUUUCUAUUAGGGUAUGAAUAAUGCUAAGUAUAGUUUUAUAUAUUACUUUGUUUUGAGGUGGUUUGUUUUGUUGAUUGUCUUCUCCAAGGUUUUUUAUUGUCCCUAAACAUCAUUUAGAACCCAAAAGAAGAAACCAGAAAACUAUUUCUUAGAAGUAAAAAUAAAAUAAAAAACCAACCACUUGGCUAUGAUCUUGAAGUUACUAUAAAGCCAAUCCGAAAAGAUGGUUUGUUGAUGGCCUUGAAUAGUGUGUGAAUAUAUAUACAUAUAGAUUAAUUGUUAACAAAGGAAAGAGAAAUGAGUGGUUCCCACAUCUAUGAUUCAUUAUAAUUCCAGUUUUCUAACUAAUACACUCAGUAUUUUUUAUGUAGUAUAGAUCUUGUACUCCUGUAUACUACCCUACUCUCAUUGCAUCAGUUUGAUUUCUAUGUGCUAAGUUUCUAGCCCUUUUCUUUUGUUUAAAUUUAUAGCAGUUGUUGUUGUGUUACAACCCUGACGCCUGUAGCUUGUUCUAUUAUCCAACGCUUUUUGGUUUGUUAAAUUUUUAGAAUGUUAGACGUACCUUUUUGACAACCCGUGAAGACGGAAUCAGAUCCCACAAUUACAGAAUGUCUUUCCCUAGUGCCUGAUUGAGAUUUUAGUGCAAGAAUUUGGAUUUGUUGAAGUUUUUUAGCUUGCAAAUAUUCCUUCCACACACUGAGAUGGAACAAGAAAGAGUUAAUGCUGCGCCGAAUGUUAGUGGCUUAGUUCGUUCGUUCACGAAGGCUAUUAAAUUUCGGGGAUCUGGGAUUAACCAGGAUGAUCGGAUUAAUAAGGUACGUAUGAAACUUUCUUACGAAGAUGAAGAGAAAGCACGGAUUAAAGCUUCAAUGGAUGCUUUAUUAGCUAAGCUUUUCGCAAGUAUUUCUUCUAUUAAAGCUGCUUAUGCUCAGUUACAAGUAUAUCAGUCUCCGUAUGAUUCAGAAGGAAUUCAGUCAGUUGAUGAGAUUUUAAUCGAUGAGUUGAUACGUUUAUCGGAAAUGAAACAAAUCUUUUUGAAGAAACAGAUCGAUCCAUCUCCUCAGGUUACAAUAUUAUUGGCCGAGAUUCAAGAACAGCAGGGUUUAAUAAAGACUUACGAUAUUAUGAGGAGACAGUUGGAGACUCAGAUUAAGGUUAAGGAUUCUGAUAUUAAUUUUCUGAAGGAGAAACUUGAAGAAUCUGAAAAACUGAAUAGAUCUCUUGAAAAGAGAUUGAAAUCUAGUGGAGUAGCAGUUUCUGUUUCUGAUGAUCUUCACUUUUCAGGGUUGAAUCCAAAUCAUUUUGUUACAGUUUUGAGACAAACAGUAAAAUCAGUUCGAAGUUUUGUCAAGCUAAUGAUUUGUGAAAUGAAAUCUUCAGGGUGGGAUUUAAGUGCCGCAGCUAAAUCUUUCGAGCCUGACGUUGUUUACUCGAGAUCCAAUCACGUUUGCUUUGCGUUCGAAGCUUUUGUUUGCCGAAUGAUGUUUGAUGGAUUCCAGUUUAGUAAUUUCUCACAUCCAAGUCGACACAAGACUAGCAAGAAGCCUCAUCAGUUCUUCAAGCAAUUCAUAGAAACAAAAUCAAUGAAACCAAACGAAUUGCUCAGUAAAUUUCCCAAGUUUGGGAAGUUCUGCCAUGAGAAGUAUCUUGUUUUAGUACACCCAAAGAUGGAGUUGUCGCUGUUUGGUGACUUGAAUCAGAGAAAUAUUGUGAACACUGGUGGUUACCCGGACACUCGUUUCUUUGCGGAGUUUAUUGAAAUGGCGAAAUGGGUGUGGGUUCUUCAUCGUUUAGCGUUUGCCUUCGAACCCGAAGCUAUGAUCUUUCAGAUGAGAAACAGAUGUAGAUUUUCUGAUGUUUAUAUGGAGAGUGUAGCUGAAGAUGCUUUCUUGUUGGAAGAUGGGUCUCUUAUAGUGGAUCCUCGAGUCGGGUUUACAGUUGUUCCUGGCUUUAAGAUUGGUAAAACAGUUAUACAUUGUCGGGUAUAUCCAUGUCCUGGGUGAUUGUAAACUUCUUGGAUUCAACUUAGAUGAUGAUAAUGAUGAUGGCGAAUAUGGUUGGUCAUCGGAAGGAAUGAAGUGGAUCCCAUGGAUGGUUCUGGUGAUAUAUGCUCUGUAAAUUAAGCUUCUGUUGAUGAUGGGAGGUUCUAUUAGUUUUUGGGGGUUGACAGGAGAAAUACAUGUAGCAGCAGUUGGAUAAUUUUGUUAAUCUUAAAAAGGAAAUAUAUAUGAAUAGUUUCAUUUUGGUAUUGCCACUGUUGUGCACAGAUCUUUUGUAGUAGUUUGUUAAUAGUAUUAUAUGUUCUUCUCCACUUCCCAUAUUGAACAAAGACAUGGUUGGAACUUGUAAAGAUGCUCUUAAACUUAAAGUCCUACAUUGUACACUACCAUGAGCCGAAAAAUAGUUGAUUUCUGCUCUCUUUUUUAUGAUCA